UUUGUGAUGCCCCCCAAAAAGAGAGUUCUCAAAGAAAAGAAAGAUCUGAAGAAACCUGAAACUUCUGUGGCUGCUGCAACUAGCAGCCAGAAGACUACAAAAUCACAGGAGAAGCUUGGUCGUGGCGGACCAUCCAAGGGGUCAGGAAAACGGAUCAAAGCGGAAGUUUCAGAAACACUGGUGCAACCUAGUUCUACCACUGAGCCAGUGGUGCCUCAGAAACUCCAGCUUGUUCAGGAAGUGACCAUGUCCGACAAAAGUGAUUUAAAAGCUGAACUUGAGCGUAAAAAACAACGUUUGGCACAAAUAAGGGAAGAAAAGAAACGGAAGGAAGAAGAAAGGAAAAAAAAAGAGGCAGAAAUACAGCAAAAAACAGAACCCAUCAUAGAAGAUACUGAUUUGGAUCGCAAAAGAAGAGAGACUGAAGCGUUGUUACAAAGUAUUGGAAUCUCACCAGAACCACCUCUAGUCCCAACCCCUAUGUCUCCCUCCUCGAAAUCAUUGAGCACACCUAGUGAAGCUGGCAGCCAGGACUCCGUAGAUGGCACAAUAUUGGGACGACGAAGAUUUAUUAAACUUGGAGUUUCGAAGAUCACACAAGUUGAUUUCUUACCUCGAGAAGUAGUGUCCUAUUCAAAGGAGACGCAAACACCUGUGACAGCCCAUCCCACUGAAGAGGUAGAAGAGGAUGAGGAAAUGGUGGAACUUAAAACAGACCAUGAUUCUGAAUUGGAAAAUCAAGAGAAGAAGGAAGACGCAAAAGAAGCUCCUCCAAGAGAACUGACAGAGGAAGAGAAACAACAAGUUUUGCACUCUGAGGAAUUUCUCAUCUUCUUUGACCGAACCAUUCGUGUAAUUGAACGCGCACUAGCUGAAGAUUCAAAUAUAUUUUUUGACUAUAGUGGAAGAGACUUGGAAGAUAAAGAAGGGGAUAUUCAGGCUGGGGCCAAUCUUUCAUUUAAUCGCCAUUUCUAUGAUGAGCAUUGGUCAAAACAUCGCGUGGUUACCUGUCUGGACUGGUCUCUGCAGUACCCAGAGCUAAUUGUUGCAUCCUAUAAUAAUAAUGAAGAUGCCCCCCAUGAACCUGAUGGUGUGACGUUAGUCUGGAACAUGAAGUUCAAGAAAUCAACCCCAGAAUAUAUAUUCCACUGUCAGUCGUCUGUGAUGUCUGUCUGCUUUGCUCGCUUUCAUCCCAAUCUUGUCAUCGGUGGAACGUAUUCAGGGCAGAUAGUUCUUUGGGAUAAUCGCAGUCACAGGAGAACGCCUGUUCAGAGAACGCCUCUUUCUGCUGCAGCGCACACUCACCCGAUCUACUGUGUAAAUGUUGUUGGGACUCAGAACGCUCACAACCUCAUUACUGUUUCUACUGAUGGGAAAUUGUGCUCCUGGAGCCUAGAUAUGCUCUCAACUCCGCAGGAAAGUAUGGAGCUUAUCUACAAUAAAUCUAAACCUGUUGCAGUUACUGGGGUCGCAUUUCCAGCAGCUGAUGUCAACAAUUUUGUUGUAGGAAGCGAAGAGGGAACAAUAUACACAGCUUGUCGACACGGAAGUAAAGCUGGCAUCAGCGAGGUGAUCGAAGGUCAUCAGGGGCCGAUUACAGGAAUCAACUGUCACAAUGCAGUAGGACCUAUUGACUUCUCCCAUUUGUUCCUCACAUCAUCAUUUGACUGGACAGUCAAACUAUGGACUACAAAGUCUGUGCCACCAUACUGCUUGAUUUCAUUGGCUGCAGUUUUAGGACUUAAUAAAUUAGUACACGUGUUUGGUUUGCUUACCAGUUAA